GUGUGUGAGAGAGAGAGAGAGAGCGUGAUCGGGAGCGCGUGCGUGUGAUGUCUCUGGUCUUUGGUAUCAGGGAGCAUUAAAAGGCUUCAUGCCUACAAGCAGCUGCUCAUUCAAGCCAAAGCGCGUUUUCUCAACCGGGGGGUUUCGGAAGUCGGGGGCGAAAGCAUGUGUUUUGAAAUUUCAGCAGCACAUUUCUAAAUGGGAUUAAGGACUCGUUUUUACAUCUGGAAUAUCAUCUGCCUUCUGUCUUCUGUGGAUGGGAUGGGAUUAAUCCGAUCGCUGAAAGAAAGUUGGGAUUUCUGAGACGCUCUGCACUGGAUUGCAUUGCAAAGGAUGGAAGGAUAAUAACAAAAGCUUAAAAAAUAAAUAAAUAAAUAAAAAACCUACAAGGAAACAAACGGGUAAAAACAGUUUAUUACAGGGAGAGGAAAUGCACAGAGCUUGGAUUCUUCUCAUUGUGAUAGAAGAGGGCUUUGCUCUGGCGCAAAAAGUCAGAGAGUCACAGAAUGAAGAUGGACCUCCAGCCAAGAAUGAACAGUGUGGCAUCUGGACCAAAACCAUCAGCGGAGGCCAGUUUAUGUCCCCCAACUACCCCAACACCUACCCACCUAACAAGGAGUGUGUCUAUGUCCUCGAGGCUUUGCCUCGCCAGAGAAUCCAGCUGGUCUUCGACACAAACUAUUACGUCGAGCCCUCGUUUGAGUGUCGUUUUGAUCACUUGGAGAUAAGAGAUGGUCCAUUCGGUUUCUCUCCACUCAUCGAUCGUUACUGUGGGCCGAAGAGCCCCGGAGUGGUCACUUCUACUGGCCGCUUCAUGUGGAUCAAAUUCACCAGCGAUGAAGAGCUCGAGGGUCUUGGCUUUCGCGUCAAAUACACCUACAUAGCAGACCCGGAUUUUAAACUGCACGUGGGCGGACUCCUAAAUCCGAUCCCAGAUUGUCAGUUUGAGAUCAGCGGCUCAGACGGGCUUGUCCGCUCCAGCCAGGUGGAAGAGGAGGAAAAAGUCAAACCCGGUGAAGCUCUGGAUUGCAUCUGGACGAUCAGGGCACCUCCUCAUUCCAAGAUCUACCUGCGCUUUCUGGAGUACCAGAUGGAGAACUCGAAUGAGUGCAAGAGGAACUUUGUGGCCAUUUAUGAUGGCAGCAGUGCCAUCGAGAACCUAAAGGCGAAGUUCUGCAGCACGGUGGCCAACGACGUGAUGCUGGAGAGUGGAAUUGGGGUCGUGCGCAUGUGGGCUGAUGAGACGAGUCGCCUCAGCCGCUUCCGCAUGCUUUUCACCUCCUUUGUUGACCCUCCUUGCUCUGGAAACACCUUUUUCUGCCACAGCAACAUGUGCAUCAACAAUUCUCUGGUGUGUAAUGGCGUGCAGAACUGUGUGUACCCCUGGGAUGAGAACCACUGCAAGGAGCGGAAGUCUAAGGGCCUGUUUCACCAAAUCACCAAGACCCAUGGCACUGUUAUCGGCAUCUCCUCUGGCGUGGUGCUUGUUUUGCUCAUCAUCUCUAUACUCGUCCAGAUGAAGCAGCCCCGUAAGAAGGUGGUUUCACGUCGUCCAGCUGUCUUUAACAAAUCUGGUAUCCAGGAAGUGUUUGACCCUCCACAUUAUGAGCUCUUCUCGUUGAGAGACAAAGAGCUCUCUUCUGACCUCGCGGAACUAAACGAGGAGCUUGAAAGCUUUCAGAAGCUGCGGCGAUCGUCCACGACAUCUCGCUGCAUCCAUGAGCACCACUGUGGUGGCACCGGCAGCAUAAAGCAAAACCGCAGUGCGCUUGGCUCCAUGGAGCUCUCAUAUCACAACGACUUCUCUAAACCACAGACCAUGAAGACCUUCAACAACAGCGGCCUGGGGAGCUACAAGAAAAGCUGCUAUGGCUACAAACAGACUCAUGAAUGUGCCGAGCAGGUCAUAGAGGACCGGGUCAUGGAGGAAAUCCCAUGUGAGAUCUACGGAAGAGGUGGGGCCAUGGGAGGAAAUGUAGGAGGAAUUAUCGGUGGAGCUGUAGGUGGAGCUACAGGAAGCAUUGGAAGUGGAUGCAGCAGCAUCAGCAUCCGUAACCAUGGUGGUGUCCGUAGCAACAAUACCACUAACGUGGUGCCAGAUGCGAGUCAGCGCUCCAUUUCCAUGGACUUUUGAAAGACUAAUGUGAGGAAGGAGAUGAAAGGUAAGAAAUAAAGGGAAAAAAGAAAAGGCCGAUCAUCACAGACUCUGUUAUUGCCCUUUAUUUCUUGUAAGUCUAGUAACAAGUCAAGGCAUCCUCAAGAAAACCAAUCCAGUCGUCUUGACUUACUUCUGCUAGACAUUCAAAAUGACCUUAAUGACUCAAACUCUUCUAGAUGUAUCUUUUAUUUCCUGUUUCACCACAAUAAACCCUGCAUUCCUGCCAUGUGUUUUAACAAACGGACAGAGUGGAACCACAGGCAUACUGUACAUAUAAUAGUGUUUUUCCACCACACACUUGGGUACAGUGUGAUUACUUCCAGAAUCCAGAAUAACGCACACUUUCGUUAAUACCCAUCAAAAGUCCUUUGAAAUGUAUGGCAUCGUGCAAAAAUUAAAGGUCUUUAAAGUCUUUUCAUUGUAAAAGACAUGAAACAGUUAAUGAUAUGGGACAUUCCUGAAUUUUCAGGACACUUCUAAAGAUUAGUGUUUUAUAUAAUUCAGAUUAAAUCUUAAAACACAUUAUUAUUCUUCAUAUGAUUACAAAAAAAUGUUUUGAUACAUGUCUUGGUGAGACACACAUCUAUAGUGAUAUAGAGCAGAGCCAAAUUUUUGAUGUAGAGUGCCAGAAUAAGCAAACUUAGUAAAUACCUUUGUUGUGUAACACUUGUCAACUGGAUGGUUGUGGUUACAGCACAUAUGCGUCAGAGAAGCUAAUCAGCCAUAUUUUUGCAGCACAUAUUUUCUCUCAUUCACCUGAUUCAGCUGAUUAUGAUUUUAGUGAACUGUUUGUUCUUAGCAACAAUCUAACAGGCUUAUCUUGCUAAUUGUCUAAAUGAUAUGCCUGCCCAAACAUCCAGCUUAAAUAUAACUCAAGUAAACUUGAAUAUCAAUUGUAAAAGUUAUUAUCUCUGAGAACUGUAUUUGAAUAUUUUCUGCAAUUCACAGCUCCAUUCUGCUGCACAUUGUAUAUUUAUAUUUGUUAUAUUUUUCAUGCAAACUUUUGCUAGAACCAUGGGGUUUCGCUCAUGCUAUCAUUACAGGUUAUCAUUUAACACAAUUUAUGCACAUCUGUAAUGGAGUAAAAAGUCAGAUAUAACAAUUAAAAAUGUAGUGAAGUAAAGGCAAAAAAUUCCCCGAAUGCAGAAAAUUGUAACACAUUAACAUAUAAAAGUAUUUAUUGCUAAUUAUAUUGCUUCAACAAACUUUUAAUGCUUGCCUAAAAUCUAGAUCAAGGAGACUACUUCAGAAGUACUUCAGUCCACUUUCCCCUAAAUUGUUAAUCUCUUUGUCUUUUUGGAAUCAGGAUAUCUGUCCUUUGUUUUGCAAACAUUGAAAAAAUCUAUUUAUUACCGUAGAAAGUAAUAUGGCACACUGACAAACGUAAUUCUUUGUUAUUAGUAAAUGACAGUCUUCUGACUUAAAUGGAAGUUAAAUGGCAAAUGAUUGCAUUUGAUCAGUUUGCUGUCUGUAUUAUUCAUGUUUAUGUCACUGUUUGCUUUUCAAAAGAUGAAUCAAAUUUAGCCCAAACAAAUAUUGUGUUAUGGAUUUUUCACCAUACCAGAAUGUCUGGUGGAAAAACACUGACAGCAACCUAAGUAGAUGAAGACAAUUUUAAACUUAAGAGAAACUUUCUGGCUGCCAUAUUUUCCCUCAGCAGGUUAAAUGGAUGGUUUUCUAUGGACAUAUGGUAAACAGAUUUCCCAACCAUUCCUAAGAAAAUCCAGAAUGCAUUAUCUUGAAAGGCUGUUAACCGAUUUUAUGUCAGUUUUUAACAGAAAUAGCUAGAUUUGACAAAAUUCUAUGACGUGUAAUAAUGCAAACAAGUCACAAUUUGUUCAGAGCAAAACAGAACCUUAAUGAAUCCAGGAAAUAAGACUUUAUUUGAAUUUCUUAUAAUUCUUUUUGCAAAAAUACCCUCUUAUUCUAUAUACAAUAAAAGCAGGUGGACACAAAAAGAAAUGUAGUGUGCACUUUCUAGUGUGCACUUUGCCCCCUAUCUAGGGCCCUAAUUUCAAUAUCUAUGAGUGAAGUUUGGAAGCCAUUUUAACAGUGUACCUUAUUAUAAGACAAUAAUUAGAUUUCAUAGUGUUGCUUAGCAUUAAUGUUUGGAUUAUUCACAUCAUUACCAAGAGUAUUAGAUAGUUACAUUGCUUUUAUGGACACGCCCUUCAACUUUCUCUCAAACACACACACACACACACACACACACACACACACACACACAGACACACAGACACACUACAUAUUUGGAAGAGAAUAAUAGUAGAAUGCUUCCUACAGGUCAAUUUAUAGCCUACUUAUGUUUUUUGUCGAUGGCAGUAUGAUUACUUAAAAACCUUUGUGUAAACAUCUCAUUAGAAUAUUGUACAAACAUAUAAACACACGAACACACACACACAAAGAUAUUAUGUUGUUUUACUGUAGACACACACUGUUUGACUGUCCAGUAUUCAGUAUCCAGGUAUCACACAAAUAGAGCAUGGAAAUUGUAAAUGAAAACAACGCCAUUUGUACAGAAAUAAUACCUUUUGUUGGUGUAUGAAAGACGAUUAAGUGGAAUAUAUUUUCUAACCCAUGAACGUUGUAUAUUAAAUCUAUACUGCGCUUCCAUUUUAGUCAUGGCAUUAAUAAUUGUAAAAUAUAUCGAUGUGAGAAAUGUCCAGUUAUAUGUUUUAAUAAAAAUGGCAUC